AUGAAUCUCGCUCUGGUCGACCCAUUCGUGCUGGCGCAGGACAUGCCAGAGACGCUCAUUGCCCGUCUGCGCAGUUCUGGAGCCGCCGUCUGUCUACGCUUCAACCGCCAGGGCGACCUGCUCGCUUCUGGCACCGCCAAAGGUGCUAUCGCCAUCUUCGAUCUCGAGACACAUGGCGUCGCUCGCAAGCUCCGCGGUCACACUCCAGGCCGCCAGAUCCAGUCGCUCAGCUGGUCGGCUUGCGGUCGCUACCUGCUCAGCUCCUCGGUCGACUGGAAGGCCAUUCUCUGGGACUUGAACGACGGUUCGCGCAUCCGCACCGUCAAUCUCGGUGCUCCUAUCUAUAUCGCCGAACUGCAUCCUCACAAUCACCUUGUCUGCACCGCCGCUCUCUUCGAAGCCCAGCCUGUCCUGGCCGAUCUCAAUCAACCCUCUGCUGUCCGAAUAGCCCUACCUACCGCCCCUAAGCGUUCUGCCUACGACCACGAGGACAAACAAGCUGUUCAUGAUGCCAAAAAUAUCACAACAGUCACCGUCUUCACCCCUUCUGGCAACCACAUCAUCACAGGCACCACAAAGGGUUGGCUCAAUGUCAUUCAAGUGAGCGACUGCUCCGUCGUGUACUCGACUCGUCUCAGCAACAAAGCUCUGCUUCUACUACGCCUCACUACUUCUGGUCGUGACCUACUAGUCAACGCUGCCGACAGCAUCAUCCGCACCAUCCGCCUUCCCGACCUCGACGAUCCUUCCUUCGACCCCGACAACAUGCGCCUUGAUGUUGAGCACAAGUUCCAGGACGUCGUCAACCGCCUGUCUUGGAACCAUGUUGCAUUCAGCCCUUCAGGCGACUACGUUAUGGCGUCUACGCUCAUGAAUCAUGUCAUCUAUAUCUGGGAGCGUGGUCAUGGUAGUUUGGUCAAGAUUCUUGAAGGUCCCAAAGAAGAGCUAGGAGCUGUUGAAUGGCACCCUUUGCGUCCCUUUGUCGCUGCCACCGGCAUAGAAUCUGGUCGCAUCUACCUGUGGUCUGUCAACACUCCUCAGCGCUGGUCCGCCCUUGCUCCUGAUUUCGUAGAGGUCGAGGAAAACAUCGAGUACAUCGAAGCCGAGGACGAAUUCGACAUACAUCCUAUUGAAGAGUUGCACAAGAGACGUCUUGACCUUGAAGACGAGCAUGUGGACGUCUUGACCAUCGAUCCUGCCAAGCCGGGUCAGGCCAAGCAUGAAUUCCGCAUGCCUGUUCUAUUAGACAUUCACGCAAGUGACAGCGAAGAUGAAAUGAUUGCUAUUGGAGCAGGCCAGUAUCGUCGCAAAAGCCAAGGCGAUUCGGAAUGGCUCGAAGACGAUGAGGAUACCGUGCCGGCCAAUGGCCAGACUAAGCGACGUCGCGCCGAUUGA